UAAGGCUCAAUAAUGCACGAUUCGAGAUUAUUUUUGAAUUUAAAGAGUUAUUGAAGAAUCCACCAUGAUUUAUAAUGGCAUCUUCCUCUCUUUCAUGUUGUUUAUGUGUUGGCCUUUAUUGUUAACCUUUUCUCCUUCUCUUUCUAUCCCUAUUACCUCCACCAAUCACACUUCUCUAUUGCAAUUCUUAUAUAUUCAACUUUGCGAGGUUGAAUUUUUUACCACGAAAAAUAUAUCAGUUCUAAAUUACAAUUCGAAAGUUAAGUGUAUAUCAGGUCCUUUUCCCUCCUUUCCUUCCUUCAUUCAUUCAUAUUCUUUUGAAAGAGAAAAAAAAUGGCAGUUCAAGCUCAAUAUCCAUCAAAUGUUCUAUUUCUAAAUAGAAGUGUAGAAGAAGGAAAGAGCCAAAUUGGCAAUAAUCAUUUAUCAUUAGUAGUAGUACAACCUCAACAACAACAACAACCAAGAGAAGUUUUUGGUGAAGAAUCAUUUCUUGAUCCUACACAAAUGUUAUUCAACCCAGGAGUUAGGGUGAAUUCGCGAAAAAGAGGAAGAGAACAUACCUCAGCUACUACUACAACAUCAGAGGCAAGGAAUCCAUUAAUGUCGAUCCAAUCUCAACCGCAGCUCAUCAAUCUUAUUCAACUUCACAACAAUUCAUUGCAGCAGCAGCACCAUCAACAGACAAAUGUUGUAUCUACUGGCCUUCAAUUAGCUUUCGGAGAUCAAUGGCAUCAUCAUCAACAACACACUAUUUCUCAUCUCUAUCCGCAUCAAUCAUCACUUGACGAUUAUUUAGCUUCUCAUAUCAAACAACAACAACACGAAAUUGAUCAUUUCCUACAAGUUCAGGGAGAACAAUUGAGGCGUACGUUAGAGGAGAAAAGGAAUCGUCACUAUCAUGCGCUUAUCGGAGCAGUGGAGGAAUCAACGGCGAGGAGGCUGAAAGAGAAAGAAACGGAGGUGGAGAAAGCAGCUCGGAGGAAUACGGAGUUGGAGGCGCGUGCAUCACAGCUGAUCGCGGAGGCGCGUGGGUGGCAAAUAAAGGCUUGCGAACACGAAGUUACGGCGGCGACGCUGCAAUCUCAGCUGCAGCAAGCUAUGAUGAACGGCGGCGGGAUGAGUCCGCCGGAGAGAGACGGCGGCGGUGGUGAGGCGGAGGAUGCUGAGUCAGCGUAUGUUGAUCCGGACCGGGUUGUGGAGUCGACCGGCCGGUCGAGUUGCAAGGGUUGUAGAAAACGGUUCGCUUCAGUUGUGCUUUUGCCGUGUAGGCAUUUGUGUCUUUGUAUAGAAUGUGAUGUUGUGGCCCAAUUUUGCCCAUUGUGUAGAUCCAUUAGAAGUUCAAGUAUUGAGGUCUUUCUUUGUUAGUGGUCCAAAAUGGAAAAGCCCAAUUCUAGGCCCAACAUCUUCGAACUUUAUUGGGUAAAAAUAGAUAUUCAAAACCUAUCUCCACAAUAAGUUCCUCAAGUUGAUCGAUCCGGUCCAUCAUGUUUUGGACAUUGCCAAGGAGAUCGUUGAGACCCUAUGAAGACGACUCAUUAGCCACAUUUUAAUAGGGUCUAUGAAAAAUAGUUAUUAUCAUAAGGUUUCAAUUGUGAUUUUUAGAAAUUUUGGACAAUGACUAUUUUUUAAU